AUCAUUUCGGAGGAUGCUGCAGAGGUCACUGCCAUGAACAGGAGGAUCAACAUAGCAACUGCACCUUCUUUACCAAGUAAACUGACUACUCCGGCAGGAGCAGCAAGUCCAGCGUUGAUCUGGGCAGUGGAAAGACCGCCAGGAUAUGGGAAAGUCGGACUGUUCGUUAAGGCUACGGCGGCCAACCCCAUGCUCGUGGAGAAAGUCAUGGGUACAGCAAACCAAGCAAUGCCACCCAUCAAAUACGCACGUACAGCUGUUUCAGCCUUGGACGCUAUGGCGCGUUGCCAGUAUCCUUGGUCUAACAUACAAUUGCCGAAUGAGCUAGUGAUCUGGAUAAUCAUGAAUACAAGACCAUCUAGAGUUAGAUUUCAUUGUUAAGAAGGAGCCAUUCUGGUUUCCUGCCACUGGCCGAUCUACACUGGCACGCUGGAGAAGUUCAUACAUGCCGUCUAGGCCACCGACUAAAUGCGCCUCUGUGUACGUGUAGAAGAAAAAAUAAAAGAUGACGAUCAUAAGAAUGCAGGU